AUGGAAGAAAGUUUCCCUGAUGUUACGCCAAGCUUUUCGUUGUCAAGUCAACCGACCACUAAUGAUGAAGACACGAAUAACGAAUCGACUAAAGUUCACAAGCUGCAUCCAAAAUUCGAUCCGGACGAUUUGUUCUACGACAUGAGCGGGGACAAAUAUCUUAUAAUCUUUAACCACACAACUUACAAGAGAACCCGUUAUUUCAAUUUUCAGGUUCCUUCGUCGAGAAAGGGGACCGACAGGGACGUUAUGGCGCUCAAGAAGACAUUCUCCGACUUGGGAUAUAAGAUCCUGACUUACCACGACUUAGAACACGAUGAAAUACUCAAUAAGGCACUUGAAAUAAGUCGGAUGGAUCACAGUAUGACGUCGUGCUUGUGUUUCGCGAUUUUGACACACGGCGAGAAGGGCGGCCAACUGCUCGCGGCGGACCGGCCCUACCUGUUCAGUGACGUCACCAAGAUCCUGGAAAACGGUGACAAGAGCCUGGUGAACAAGCCGAAACUCUUCUUCAUACAGGCCUGUAGGGGGGAUGAAAUGGACUCCGGCAGAACGGUCCAAAUAGACGGCGAAGACGAUGUUAAUUUCCAUGUUCCCUCACACGCGGACUUUUUUGUUAUGUACUCUACCGUCGAAGGCUUCGUGGCGUACCGCAACGUGCUGGGCUCCUUCAUGGUCCAGGAGCUGUGCAAAGUGAUAGACAAGUUCCGCGACAGCCUCGACGUGCUCCACAUAGCGACUUUGCUGAACAGGCAGGUCGCGUACGGUCACAGCACCCACACGCCCAAUAACUUGGCAACGCACAACAAAAAGCAGAUGCCGGAGGCGCGUUUCACCUUGACCAAACUGUUCAAGUUU